AGUAUAUGUCAAAUCAUCCAAUCUUCCGUGGUAGUGUUUAUUAAUUUUUCCGUGUUAUUUUUAUUUUAAAGUUUCUUGUCUCUUUUUUUAAUAUUGUGUUCAUGUCGUAAAUAUUCUCGUAAUAUUUUGGAAACGGUUCUUAAUCUAAUGGCAUCAUCUAGCAAAUUACCCGGCACAGGGCUGGAAGAUGUUGGCGUACCAGGUCAAACUUAUUUACGCGACGCCCUAACGAGCUGCACAGAUCCCUUGAAAGCUAUUGAAGAAUUCCAACUUGAGAAUGGUAUCUUAUUACCAUCACUUAGACCCAUGUUGCCCUUGUUAGAUCUUCAUGGAGUACGUAGAUUAGAUUUUCACACAUCUGUUCUAGAAGAAUUAAGGGAUAAAUUGAUUGCACACAUUAAUGAACUUGGCUCUAAAGACAGUAAAGAGAAUGACAAAAAAUUGAAAGAACUCUUAUCCAAGAGUUUCGCAGUAGUCAGGGUGAAGGCACUAAGGCCAGUCAUAAUGAGUAUUUUAAAGAAUACACCUCACAUUGAUGAUAAAUACUUGAAAGUAUUAGUUAGAGAUAGAGAACUAUAUAAUGAUACUGACACUGAAGUGAAGCGACAGAUUUGGCAAGACAACCAGUCUUUAUUUGGAGAUGAGGUUUCCCCAUUGCUCAGUCAGUAUAUUAGAGAAAAAGAAAAUAUACUCUUUGAUCAUGAAAAUUUAACUAAUCUAUUCUUUUCACCAUCACCUAAAGUGAGAAGGCAGGGUACAGUGGUCCAGAAACUUGCACAUAUGAUUGGAAAUAGUGUUAAAUUAUAUGACAUGGUAUUACAAUUCUUGAGAACAUUAUUUUUAAGAACAAGAAAUGUACAUUACUGUACACUUAGAGCAGAAUUAUUGAUGGCCUUACAUGAUUUAGAAAUUCAAGACAUCAUAUCUGUGGAUCCAUGUCAUAAAUUCACGUGGUGCUUAGAUGCAUGUAUAAGAGAGCGAAAUGUUGAUAUCAAGCGAUCAAGAGAACUACAAGGUUUCCUAGACAGUAUUAAAAGAGGACAAGAACAAGUUCUAGGAGAUUUGUCUAUGACUCUAUGUGACCCUUACGCUAUUAACUUUUUAGCAACAUCAGCAAUUAAAAUACUACAACAUCUAAUAAAUACUGAAGGACUUCCAAGGGACAACACAAUUUUAAUACUUUUACUAAGGAUGUUAGCUUUGGGCUUGAGUGCAUGGGUAAUGAUAGAUUCUCAAGAGUUUAAAGAACCCAAACUGGACAGUCAAGUUGUGACUAAAUAUUUACCAGCACUAAUGUCUUUGAUGGUGGAUGAUCAAGUACGUGCUUUACAUAAUAAACUGCCCCCAGAUGAAAGAGAGUCUGCUAUCACUACUAUAGAGCAUUCAGGGCCUCCGCCUGAUGCAUGUGAAGCUUACAUGAGAGAAAGUUCAGUUUGUGGUGUUCUUGCUAUGUAUUAUACGCUCCAUGCAGCAAAACUUCGAGAUAGAGGUGCUUUGCUUCGUAUCUUAAGCAUCUUAGGGAGUUGUAAAGAUGGUAGAGCUUAUGAGGAUCCAUUCCUACACGCCUUAGUUGCCCUACUUAUUCAGUUACCUGAUGAAUUUCAAGGUGAAGAUUUUAGUACUGUAUUAUUUGAUGAGUUCUUUUUUGCUGGUCUAUCUAAAGAUAAUGUUACGAGACAUUUAUUAAAGUUAUUAUGGUAUAUUCAUCCUAAACUACCAGAGACUAGAAUACAGACUCUUAUGAAAGCUUUACAGCCAGGUACACAACACAAUGAAUCUGUACACAAGUUACAUGAAGCUUUACAACAGAAGUUGAAUGCACAAUCUGAACCAGUGGUGAGCACAAGUGAAAUGGAGUAUUUAGAUUCACCAUUAAUGAGUGUGCCUACUCCAGCUCCAUAUCAUAUGUGACUUUAUAUUAUAUUGUUGACUUAAGAUGUUUAAGUAAUAAAUGACUAUAUAUUUACAC